UAAAAAAACUGACACGUGGAAUUGUCCUCCACAGGGCAUCAAGAAAAACAGACACCCACUCCUUCGCUCAGUUUCCGGUUGCCUGUUCUUUUAGCUUUUCGAGGCUAGUUAUGUUUCUCCAAACGCUAAAAACACGACGUAUUUUACUGGCUGCGUUAGCGGGAAGAAAGUGAAGCAAAGAGUGGAAGCUGCUGAGACGGGCUGCUGCUGUCGAGCGUUGAAUGGCAGUGACUCAAAAACAUGGGAAGAACUAUGGUCCAGAUUUGGUCUGUCACAAAGAGCACCAUCCGCUCGACAAGACUGGAGUACCCGGGUGUCACAAGAAGUGGAGCGAACAUAACAAUAACUGGCCCAGGCCGUUGGCAAGGAUAUGGACAGUGGUGCUCCUGCUUGGCACCUGCCUUCUCUAUUGUGCCCGGGUGGCGAUGCCCAUCUGUGCAGUCAGUAUGGCAGAGAAGUUCAAGUGGAGCAAGAGAGAGUCGGGAAUGGUCCUCGGUAGCUUCUUCUGGGGUUACUGCUUCACGCAAGUGUUUGGAGGAUAUGUCAGUGACCGGGUGGGAGGUGAGAAAGUCCUCUUGCUCUCGGCAGCUGCAUGGGGAAUGAUGACGGCCUUCACUCCCAUCUUGGCUCAUCUCUGCUCCCAGCCAAUCUUCUCCAUGACGCUGGCCCGCUUCCUCAUGGGCCUUUUGCAAGGUGUUCAUUAUCCUUCUUUGGCAAGCCUGUGCUCACAAAAAGUGGUGGAGAGCGAACGAGGCUUCCUCAUGAGCACCGUGAGCAGUGGCUCCUACCUGGGCACCCUUCUAAUUGGAGGGGCUGGUUCCCUCAUGCUGGACCUGUACGGAUGGGAGAGCGUGUUCUAUGUGUCAGGUCUGCUGGCAGUAAUGUGGGCAUACUGCAUGUGGAAAUACUUACUCAAAGGGGAAGGGCCCAUUAUCACUCUGGAAUCCCAGGGACACGGUGGUCCACAGUCCAGACUGACCAAAAGGCAUUGGUUACGUCUCUUCAGACAACCUGCAGUUUGUGCCGUGAUCAUUACGCACCUUUGCACAGCCAGCACCUUCUUCACUCUGUUGUCAUGGCUGCCGACCUUCUUUAGAGACACCUUCCCUGAUGCCAAGGGAUGGGUGUUCAAUGUCAUUCCUUGGUUGGUGGCCAUUCCCUCAUCUCUCUUCAGCGGUUGCCUGUCGGACCAUCUCAUUAGUCAAGGCUUUGACACGGCUUCAGUGAGGAAGUUAAUGCAGUUUUUUUCCAUGGGUGUUUCCAGUGUGUUUACACUCCUUCUCUGUGGCAACAUGACAUUCUCCUGGGCCAUAGCCUAUGUGUCGGCCACUAUGGGCCUUACCACCUUUAGUCACAGUGGUGUGUCUCUGAACGUUCAAGACCUUGCUCCAUCCUGUGCGGGGGCCUUGUUUGGUGUUACGAACACAUGCGGUGCAUUCUCAGGGGUCCUCCUGGUGUAUUUCUCGGGGUAUCUGAUUGAGGUCACAGGCUCGUGGGCGUCCAUGUUUAGUCUCAUCACCGCCGUCAAUCUGCUCGGCCUUUGCAUCUUCCUGGCCUUUGCUGAGGCCCGCCGCGUCGACAUCGACCCCAGCAGGAUCCACCACCACAUCCACCUUUGAAUACACCCCAAAAGACCCAAGGGAGGAGCUUUAUCCUCAACACGGGAGGUCUGUCUCUCUCUCUCCUUCUCAUUCUCGAACAGACACACACAGGUAUGUACAAUAUGUGUAUAAAGCACACACUGCUUGUACUUAUUAGUGUCGUCAAUACACAACCUUAACUCCAAAGUCGUGGGGGGAUGAUGACGACUACAAAAAAGCACAUCUUGUAGUGCGUCUCGCCGAGGACGUUAUGGUUUUGUUUGCUUGUUUGGGAACACAAAAAAAUGACUUUUUUGGGGGACGUUUGGGGCAUUGACCAAAGAACUGCUUCAUAUACACGUGUACAAUUUUGUGGAUGAAGCGAUCUGUCGGCUUUUCAAUCCAUCUGUCAGUCAAGUACGGUAAUGCUAAGAUACAAUCAAUCAGGCCUCUGCACAAGAUAACUUUUGCUCAGCGCUCAAUUUUCUACUUUUGGAAACGACAAGUGAUUAUACGUUUUUUCCAUUUUUGAUCAUGAUGGUCUACCGUCUAAAUGGCGAAGGGUUCACAAUUAUAAUGUGCAAUUCCAGAUGUAAUAUCAUCAAGUAUUUGCCUUUCCUUUGUGCUUUUUUUAUGUGAAAUACUCCCCAUCGUCCCCAUUUCCAUGGUUACACGUGGCUGUUACACAGGGCAGCAAGGUGGAUGAGUGUCUUCUACCCGUUUGUUGUCUCAGCAAAUGUUUCAAGCAGAAAGACCAAAGUUACUGAAAAUGUUCAUUUGUUUUUUUUUUAUGUCAUCACGUGCUGUAAAAAUAUGUCAGUAGUAGUACUACUUAUACCGCAUAUUUCUAUGGCUUAAGUUAAUUUUGCUGUCUCACAAUAUUUUUGGAGCGUAUGAAUACAUAAAUUAGUAAUAUAGAAAUAUGUAUGUGUGUGUAUAUUUUUGUAUACACGGGCAGUAUACAAACAAAAUACAGUUUGCCAAGAUGAUUUGUUAGAAUUUUGGUGGGAACAACUAUUGCACUUAUUAUAACUUAUGAAGGACACGUCAUGCUCUCCCUCUAUUUAACAUUGCCUGUGUUUCACGCGGACAUGAUGAAUGUUGCACGCCUUCAACCUUCGAAAGAUAUUUACGGUUGCACAUUCAGAAUGAAAACCAAAUAGGAAGUUUUAAAGAUUGGAGUAUUUCUCUUAUCUCAUUUAGCCCAUAACUUGGCUGGAAUUGACUAUGCAUUUAAGGUUUUUGUGCCUGGGGCCGGGGGGGUCACAGUGGUGAAAGUCACACCAUGUUUAGUUGUCGCCAAAAUGUGAGUUUUGGAAAGUCGUUUGCUGUUAUUACUACUGUGCAUACAAUCUCAGUGCAGGUUGUGGAGUACAUGGUAUCGCUAUGCUCAUCUACAUUUUGACAUAAUAACGGUGUCCCCCAAAAUUGGACAUCAGUACAACAAUAUAAUAUAAUCUGUAAUAGUAGGAAUAAUAAUAACAUAUAAGAACUAUAACAGUAUGAAUAUACUGCGUGUCUUUGAAAAAUAUUUAUUUACUAAAUCCCCCAAAUAUAUAGUUUAAAAAAAAACAUUUUACAAAUUGUAAAAUUUUCAUUGCUAGUGAAUGUCAUUAUUUAUUCCUGCAAAAAGAAAAAUUAGAUUGAUAAUUGUUUAUUAGACUACAAAAUGAUGCCCAUUUUUUUUGGGGGGGGGGUGUGCACAUCAGUGUCUGUUUGUACUAAAAUCGAAAGCAUUUUCAUACCACAAUAUUUGUUACCUUAACAGCUAAACAAAUACCAGAUGGUGUUUUAUGUUAUUAUUUGCUGCAUCGCUUUUUCUCUUUCUGUUACCGUCAUGCCAAAUCUUUUGUUUACAAGUCGCUCAGUGUGGGUUUUGGUUGAAAACUUAAAUGGGAAAUGCAUUGCUGCAAGAAAAAGGCAAUAUUACGAUUUUAAUUUUGCUGUUACUUGAAAGCAUGUCUUAACUUUGAAUAAAAAACCUAUUUUUGUCAAGACAUUUGCAUGUUCUUUCCGUGCAUUGCCACAGGGAGGCAGUAAAGUGUCGAUAAUAGGAGUCCACUACCCGGCUCUCUUCUCAAGCUACUGUCUGCUCAGCACCGACUUGACCUGACCUCUCAAUGAAUCGCUGCCUUGCCCAGCAGGUCCCGGUCCCACUAGUGGUCCACCCAAGCCCGACAUCCCCAGUCGGGCCCAGCAGGACGUACUGUAUGAGUUAGCGCCAUAUGGCAGGACACCGUGGGCCAUGCUGGCUAGCUGGCACUGCCCAUGUGUGAAUGGCCAGACGCUAGUCAAACCUUCCCACUCGUCAUGGGACCCAACAGCUAGGGUUGCCAUGGAAACAGGUGGCUUCUAACCAUACUGCAUGGCAACCAAAAGAGAGGGAGGGGGGUCACCAAAAGUAACAAGUUACAAGUCCGAGGGUGUUUGGUGUACAGAAGCGGUAAACCAAAAACACCUCACCCUUAAUAAGAUACCAGCUGACAGGCCAGUUAUUGGGCUUGUCCUCCCCACGGAAAAUGGCGCUGUAAAAGCAGACAUUACGGUCAGCGGCCCGCUAUUUAAUUAGCGGAGAUGAAGUGGUGUAAACGGAGUGCAGAGGAAAGAGACGACAACCCCCCCCAACUUGUCAGCCAGUCAGAGUAACCCACUAAAGGCAGACCCCAUCACAGAGCCACAGAUACAUGUAAAUGAAAUAGCCCCAUUAAUUAGUAAUUAACAUCAAGUUAAUGACAUUUCACUGUGUCGCCAUUUCAUCCCAUGUCCUUUCUCCUGGUGGAGGGGCUGUCUCUCGGCUUCCUGAGAUGAAUGCUAAUUAGCACAAACUCAACUGCCAUAGAGUUGCCACCUGAUAAUUUAGAGCCCCGGUUUAAGAGUGGUCAUUGUGUAGGGAGGAUUAAUCACUUUGGAGUAGUAAUAGAUCAGGAGGCAUUAUAAGUCCCCCCCCCCUUAGAGGGUUGUGAUAUUGGGAGGCAUUGAUGGCUUUUAUGUGCUAAUUGUGCUGUGCCCGUUACCUCAGCGUUGUUCUAUCCCUAAUAACUUAUAUACCGGGUUCUUACACCAUGAUAUAACUUCUUCUAAAUCUUUUUUUCUCCUAUAAAGUCACAUUGAAGUACUAUAUGGAUAAUACGAAUUACACCAAAACUGUAUGAGACAUAAUAAUAAUGUAUUUUUUUUUAUCAAAAUGGGGCUGA